GACUACACCCAGAGUGCCGUACAGCCGGGACUCUUUACUGCUCAAACUCACAUUAGAGAAGGGGGCGUGCGGGACUUAUAAAUAUACGGUAUCCGCAAACUGAGACCGCACAAGACUGUCAGUCCCGUCUUUUCAGAACUAGCGUGAGAGCGUUUGAAAUUAGAAGGCAAAUAUGUCGUCAUGGCAGAGCUACGUGGAUAACCUGAUGUCGGAUGGCAGCUGCCAGGACUCCGCCAUUGUUGGGUGCAACUCGGACUCUAAAUACGUGUGGGCAGCGCAGGAGGGGGGAACGUUCAUAAACAUCACGCCAACAGAAAUCGAUGUCCUAGUAGGGAAAGACCGAGAAAGUUUCUUCACCAGUGGCCUAACUUUAGGUUCAAAGAAGUGCUCGGUUAUCCGAGACAGUCUCCUAGUCGACAAUGAUUGGACAAUGGACAUAAGGACGAAGAGUCAAGGAGGAGAGCCAACAUACAACAUUACUGUCGGUAAAGCUGCCAAAGUCUUGGUUCUUGUAAUGGGCAAAGAAGGGGUCCACGGAGGCGGCUUGAAUAAGAAGGCAUAUUCAAUGGCAAAAUACUUGAGAGAUUCAGGAUUUUAGCUUUUUUCUUGAUCAAGUAGUGAAAUUUAGGGAGGGGAAAAAAAAAAAGUCACCCACGUUCCCAAAAUAAGCUGUGAAGAUUUUUUUCCCCCAUGAAACACAUUUAAAGUUUUUGGACAUCUUAAUGGCAAGGAAGGGUAAUGAAUCUUGUGUCAACAAUUGCAUCCCUUUUUAAGUUGGGAAAGUUUCUUUUCCCCCGCCCCUCAAGUUGGUUGAUUUUUGUUCUUGUUUUUUUCCUUGUGUGCUCCAGCAUUGGUUAUAGUCAUGGGCAAGGAAGGUACCCAUGGAGGGCUGCUCAACAAGAAAGCGUUUCAAAUGGCUGAAUACCUGAGGAAAUCUGGAUAUUAAGACACCUGCCCACCUAGCUGCUCAUUCUUACCAACGCUAACCUUUCUAGAUGAGAUUUGCUUCAUCUAUUUGUUUUCAACUCUAAUUCCUUUUUUGUUCUACCCAAACCCACCCUUUCCCCAAUUUCUUUAUAACCCCAUCCCAUAUGUCAAUUUAAUGUGAUUAGUCCCAUUUUGGCACUACGAUUCCAUUACUAAACAUGACGCAUUUAAGACAAAAUGUAAGUGUGAAGACUUCAUGUCUCAUUUCUACUUAUUCAUGAGAAGAAAACAAAGAUUUUGGGUGUUUAGUUUAUUACCAAGGGCUUGAGCUAAACUCAAAUUCCCUUUCCUAGGUCAAAUCUGGGAAAGGUCAGCUGUAUGCCUAUCUUCGAGCCUACCGAAUGGACCUUAGUCCGGAUGGGUGGCAUUUUUAAUAGACAAAAAAAAGCGUCAUUUUUAUUAGCGUCAAAUUAAGUAUUCCAUCUGCGCUAAAAAAAAAAUGUCCAUUUCUUUAUUUUUCAUUAACCCAAAGUUUGUCGUCAUUGACGCUUCAACUCUAACUGUAGAUGCGACACUUCCUGAAUGACAGAUUCAUAUUCUUUCCCUUUGUCACACUAACAUUCAUGGAGUGGGAGGUCAAGCUCUUAAAUAGGUGGCGGUCCGUUAAGUGUAGUAAUUUUUGGGCUGCAGGUAGCAUUUUCUCCCAUCAACCCUACUAUUAUGAAUGAUCAUGGACAUUCUGUCAUUGCACUUAUUUUGCUAGCUUAUGUAAUAUAUAUAUUUUUUUUUAAUUUUCAAGACAGUGGGUAUCCCGGUGUAAGUGCUUGGAGUAUACAGCUUGAGUUCUUUUCAAUUGGACCAAUUUUCAUCAUUGCUUGGGUUAUUUACACACUACAUUGACCAACAAAACACUAACGUCUGGUUGCAAACAAGACUUCGGUCUUGUUUUGUCAGCCUCUCCAACACUCGAUUUGAAUUUAAACCCAUGCAAUCUCUUAAUUGUGGGAUAAAUUGCCUUCGAGUCGUCAGUGAUACAACUGUCUGUCAAAACUUAAUGUUUUAUCAAGUCCAAAUGUUAAGUAUGUCACUCUAAUCAUAAUGUGUAUUCUGUGCCAUAAUGUAGUGAGAAUCUGUUGCUAUUGAUUCAAACAGCUUCCCAAAUGAUUCAAUCAGUUCUUUGUUCAGGGGUUUUUAGUAUCUACAAAAGUUCUGGCCUUGUGGGGUAUUUGUACAGGUUCAAAACCUCUUGACUAGUUAAUUUCUUGUUUCCCUGUACUCUUUUUCAUACAUCUUGGAUACAGUCUGAUAUGUCUGAUUUCAUAUGCAUAAACCAAGAAAUGCCAUAAAUUAAUUUCACCACCUUGUUUACAGACAAAUUAAAUAAAUCUAUUCCAACCAAA